AUGUUGGAAAACAGCAGCAACAACAGGAAUGCCAAUAGCACAGACUGCAGUGUGGCCUUUGCUGGAGUGGUCUGCCAGCUGCUCUUCAUGGUCCUCCUGAUCGUGGCCAUCACUCUUGGAAACCUGGUGAGUCUCCUGGUUUUCUUCUGUGUAAGGCAAUUCCGGACACCCCAAAGCUACCUAAAAGCUUCUUUGGCGGUUGCUGAUUUGGCUAUGGGGCUGAUUGUAGUACCUUACUCAGUUUAUCAGGAGACGAGCACAUUGGCCUAUGGGAUGGAGAGCCCAGCUGGCUUGUCGGUCUGUUUGAUCAUUGGCCCUAUCUUUGCCGGGUGCACCUUCGUCUCAAUCAGCACCGUAUUUCUGCUUUCGGUGGAGAGGACCAUCACUGUGCUGAAGCCCUUGCACAGAAAAGCUGUGAUUACCAAGCGUAGGAUCACUUGGCUGAUUCUUGGAUCCUGGAUACUGAGUUUCUCCUUGGCGGUGAUACCUCUGCUCUCAAUUCCGAACAUCACCUUUGAGUACAAUUCUUGCAGUAAGAUGUGCAACUACGGCUUUCCUUCGGGCAAGAUGCAAGAGUCCAAAUGGAACGUCAUGCUCCUAUACCCAAUAUUUGACUUCACCCUCUUAAUUGGCACUUUUGUUGUCAACUCCAUCACCUUUGCCACACUCCGGCAGUACCACAAAAUGCGGAAGCAACUGAGGGAAGACCCACAGGGAACCCACAGGCUCUCUUACCCCGAUGUCACUGCUGCCAGGACCAUUGGCAUCCUGACCCUGGCAUUCUCCGUGUCUUUUGUUCCCAUUGCUGUAUUUGUUCUGGGCUCUGUGGUGGGAUAUGAAUGGUGCCAAUUCUCCUUCUAUGCUUUCUGGAUCCUGGCAUCCAACAGCUGUUGGAAUGUGGCUAUCUAUAGUGUUUGGGACCCCAAAUUCCGGCAAGGGAUGCGGGAAAUGUUCUGCAAGCAAAAGCUGAAAGCCGAUUCCCAGCAGCAUUCCAAUCACUCACCGGAGGGGCACUGUUCUGCCCCUGCUUGUGUGAUAGUCCUCAAGGAGAUGCUCCGUCCAGAGUCCAACUAG